CUACUGCGUUUGUUUUUAAAUUUAACAGCAUAUUAAUUAUUAUUUCUAGUUUUUAAACGUUUUAUCGAAAGUGAAAUGGGUAAAAAUAAAUGUGGUUAUGUUAAUUGCACUAAUAAUAGAGGUGAUAGGAAAGAUUUGACGUUUUUUUCUUUUCCUUUUAAAAACCCCGUGCGUUGUGCAGUGUGGCAGAAAAAUUGCGGAAACAUUACCAUAGUUGGCAAAGAUGUGACUGAGUUAAAACAUAGUGCUUUGUGUGAAGAACAUUUUGUGAAAUCAGACAUUCAAAUUCGUUCAAAUAGGAAAAUGUUAAGUAAAACAGCGGUUCCAAUAAAAUAUCAGGAUACCAAAAAGGAAACACCUGAACACCCCCAACUUGUAACAACCGCAAGUCUCGACCUUGAAGCGGCAUCAACCUCCUCUUUUGAUGCAACUACAAUUAUCCAAACAUAUCUUCCCAAGAAAAGGGCGUGUAAUCCAUUAAUCUCAGAUAACGGCACGAGCAGUGAACAAAGUUCUGUGGUUAGCGAAACCGUGAUUAAUAUGCCUGCGAGAAGUGAAAUAAUAACUCCUAAAUUUAAACAUCUAAGCUACAAAAUUAUGGAUCUAAAAAAGAAACUUAAGACAAAAAUAAAAUCUUAUAAUCGCCUAAAAGCAAAAACCUCAAAGACUUCGCAUUCAUACCUCAAUUUAUCGAGUAUCUUGUUCAAAAAAUGUGCGCAUGUUCAAACAUUUGUCAAGAUGCAGUGUUUCCAUAAAUUUAAAACACCAUGGUCCACCAUGGAGAAACAACUAUCGCUCUCGUUGUACUACAAGUCACCUGCUUGUUAUAAAUUUAUGAGGGAGACAUUGAAAUUUGUUUUGCCAAGCAUUAAGACCAUACAGACUUGGCUGAAAGUAACAAAUUUAGCAACAGGCGUUAACACAGUCCUAUUAACAAAAAUAAAGGAAAAAAUAAAUUGCAUGAACGAGUCGGAAAAACAGUGUGUGGUACUUUUCGACGAAAUUUCAUUAAAGAGGAAGUUAGAAUACAAUAACCAAUUAGACAUAAUAGAAGGUUACCAAGAUUUAGGUUCCUUAGGACGAAAUUCAUUAAUUGGAGAUAGCGCCCUAGUUUUUUACUUACGAGGGCUAUUCUACAAUUGGAAACUGCCCUUUUCGUAUUAUAUCUCAAAUGGAACUGUAAAAACGGUAAACCUUGUAACCAUCGUUAAAGAAGUUUUAAACAAAAUCAUCGAGACAUCACUAAAACCUCGAAUAAUAAUAUGUGACCAAGGUUCAAAUAACCGAGGAACCUUUUUAAGUUUAGGUGCUACAAAAGAAAGUCCAUUCUUUUACAUCAAUGGGUUAAAAGUUUACACGUGCUUCGACCCGCCUCAUUUAAUAAAGUCGUUACGGAACAAUUUCAUUAAUCCUAAAUUACGAUUUAUUGUCAAUGAUAAAGAAGUGACGUGGAAAGACGUUUGUGCUGCCUAUGAGGAAGACUUGAAGAGUACAACGACUAAGGCUAUGCCAAAACUAACACCAUCACAUAUUAAUCCAAAUAAUUUUGAACGGAUGAGGGUUAAGUACGCUGUACAAGUAUUCAGUAGAUCUGUAGGAAUAGGUGUCCAAACUACACAUACCGUAACCGAAUUAGGCAGUACAACAUGGAAAAACACUGUCCAUUUUAUCCUAUUUGUCAAUAAUUUAUUUGAUUCACUUAAUAGUAAAUUCCUAACCGAUCCCAAUCCAAAUCGAAGACCUAUAUCAACUUACAAUAACGUCGCCAUAGAAAAUCUAAAGAAUGGCAAGGACAUGUUUGAAAAUAUACGAGUAUAUGAAGGCAGUAAGAGAAGAAAUAACAUUUAUUGUAUUGAUGGGUUUGGAAUGACAAUUAACGCAAUUUUAUUAUUGUGGGAAGAUUUGAGAUUUGAAGAUUAUAAAUAUUUAGUAACGAGCUUCUUAAAUCAAGAUCCUCUCGAAAAUUUUUUUUCUGUUGUUCGUCAUCGCGGGGGAUACAAUCCAUAUCCGACAGUACAAAAUUUUAGAAAAUCGAUGCAACUAAAUAUUUUUAUUCGGUUGCAAAAGGAAGUAAAUUCGUCUAGCAACUGCGAAGAAGACUUUGGAGAAGUAAUUGAAUUGGAAGCCGCUUCACUUGAAUCUCCCGAUGGAAUUCCCACUUCCACACAUCAGAUGGGCCAAGUAACAGAAGAUGAAAAGGAAAAUCGGGAUGUUCAGAAUUAUCCACACACUUCAAGUGCUUGCGAUAGUCCACCGCAAGUUUCUUUGGAAAGUUGCAAUAAUACGUAUGUGGCGGGUUUUAUUGCUCACAGGCUUUUAAAAUUAUUAAAAUGCGAGAUAUGCAAAAGUAUACUAGUAAAAUCGAAAGAUGAAUUAAUAGAUUCUACUGAAAUUCAAAUUUUAUUAAGAGAUUUUGGUGCUGAAAACAUUUCAUUUUUAAAAAGACCUUCAAAAUUUUUUAAUAGCAUAAUUAGGAAAAUGUUGGUAAAGUUUAACGAACUAUUUGAGGUGCAUAAAAGUGAAAUAAAUAUUCGCAAGAUAAUAGUUCAACGUUUAAAAGAGUUAAUAGAUCCCGAACUCGAUAAUAAGUGGGAAUGUAAAGACCAUAUCAAUACCUUUGUUCAUUAUUUUGUAAGAUUACUUAUUUUUAGGAAAAUCAAGGACAAGUCACUAGUUUUAAAACAUGAAAAAAAAUUCAAACGUAAGGUAACUGUACUCAAUCAUUAA